CAUCAAUCCCCUUCCUCUAUCCACUAAGACGCUAGACAAGCAGACGAACCAGACAGGAGUCGAGAUGCACUGCCUCCCUUGAGGGACGCGCUAUCGGUUCCUACAGGUUCGCCCUCGCAUGGCACAGCCUGCACCCGUGCCCGACAUCCCAAUUCAAGUGCCAACUCAGUAUGACCGACAUGAUGCACAUUAAAAGCAGGAUGCACGCGAAGAGCUCUUACGGAUGCAAGGCGGGCCUUUGCAGAUGCAACAUGGCCCCAUUCCGUCUAUCAGGCGGGCGAGGCUGUGAACCCAGCUUCCCAAAAGGGUAAAUGUUUGGAAUAUUGGUGCCUACCACACCAAUGGCCCCCAGCGACGUAGCCUACCAACCCAUCGUCGGCACAUACGCCCUUAAACUAAUAUCUAAUCCUGAGAGUGAUUCUGAAGUUGCGCUGCUUUACUCGACCAUUACCAGCUCGCUCUUGUGCUACUCAGAUCUUUCCAACCUCCUAUGAAACGAUGGUAGCUUUGGGAGAAGACCCAGAGUGUAACGGCAACAAGCAGGGAUCCGAGCACAUUGCAAACAAUCCCAAGGUCCUCGCGUCCGUACACGACUUCAGAGGCAGUCUUGAACCAAAUGCAUCCUUCGCAACCGACCUACCUGCCGAGUCCAUGGACAUCGGUGGCCGAGAGAAGGCCUUGCCUAGUGUUCAAAUUCGAGACGUGACCGAGGAUGAGAGUCUUUUGGACGGACUCCAUAAAUCGAGACCGGUCCAAAUUCAAGAAUACGAAUCCAGCGAAAUCAACGAAGUGAAUGGAGUGCGAGAAUCUAUUGAGAUGCGCGAAAGCAUUGAAAUUCACGAAGUCAGCGGAGAUUUCGAAACCACGGAAGCGUACGAGGAGCAACCGCCCACACCACCGGUAAAUUCUCCGAGCCCAGGGAGAGCCUCACCAUAUCCACCAAUCUCAACUCCAUACGUCUUGUACUGCCUCACGGUUAAGGAAGAAGGCCAGUCUAACCGCAGCUUCUAUAAGGAUACACCCUGGAAAGGCAUCAACAAUGGCCUUCCAGGUUCAGUCCCUGACGACGACGCGGAGUCAAAGGCAGUUCUCGUAUACUACGUUCAGGCCGAUGUCAUUGAUAAGACAGGGAAGGAUUCCAACACAUCAAAGACAUGGAGAGAUGAGCCUGCCGACUUUGAGUUUGGAAGAGACGCGCUCCUCCGCAAGAGAUAUUGGCCUGUGUUAAAACUUUAUUCUAAAAGGCUCAUCAGGGUUUUGGAGCUGAUUCUGGAUUACUACCCAGACCGAGGAGACUACAAACAAUACAACUCGGAGUUGGAAGAUACCUUUGUAGAGCUGAUGUACUGCUACGCGGAGUUGAAAGCAUACUUCGAUUCCUACCUACAGUCGAUACCGGAGGAGGGGGGGAAUGAUCCAAGAUUGGAGAUUGGAAAUUGCGGGGAUGAGAAGACUGCCGACGCAAUGCGACCGCAUUUGGACUUCGGGAGCCUGGAUAAGUCAACCGAGCCGUGCGAUGAAGCUACCGCCUUCGAUCUUGCCGUAUUGCUACGUCUUCUAGCACCGAUGUACCGCGUCAAGGCCAUUCCUACGCUGACAUCUAUAUACAUCGACCCUAGACCGAUGAUCACAUACGAGACCUUGUGGCUGCUUUUCAAGCCGGGCACCGAGGUCUACGUCCAGCAGUCUGCGUUUUCAGACGACUUGGAGUAUCCCUCCACAGGAAGGCGCGGCAAUUCUCGUAACCUGAAACGAGGAGACGAGGACGACAAUUUCUCGGCCUGCAUCGUUGCAGCCUGGCUGUAUAUGGACAAAGACUUUACCGCUAACGAUCCGAACGAAGCUUCUGAGCGCCUAGAGCUGGAGCUGUGGAAUGUGCAGUAUGAUGGAACCGCUUUCCAACGCAUGGCACGUGAAGCCGCCAUUAUCAAGUUCGACGGCUGCAAACAUCUCAAGGACCUCCAGGUUAUCCCUUCGCGCCUUUACGAUAAGUUUGACGGAGGCUCUCUCAGACAGCGACUGGAAAAGCGCGGCCAGAAAUAUCUUUCAAUCCUCAAGGACGCAGCCGCGCAUCGAGAAUACAAUGAUCCGCGUAGCGGCUACGAGGGCCAGAUCAUCGUCGAUCCAGAUGCGUAUCGGCAAUACGCAGGACUAGCGGAAGGCGACUUUCCCCCUCGGCCAUCCCCCGUUGCGGAUGGUGGCGGCGGUAGCCGCUACGGUUACCUGACCGAUUUCGAGCCAGCAAACAGUGAGACGUAUGGACGCAUCAAGGAAGUCUCUGUCCUGUUACCCCGCCGAAUCGAAGGGUUUGGGUUAAGGACAAAGAGAUGGAUGGUCUUUGAGAUCGACAAGAUUAGUGAUGAGGCACCAAUGCCGUCACAAAACCAGCUUGAAACGGAGUUAGUGUUGGUAUCCGAUGCCGACAAGGACUCUCUGCGCACUGUACUUCCGAAGGGUGAGCACCCUAUUGGCCUCAGCUCGGAUUUUAUCCCCGGCAAAGGAGAGGGGAAGAUAUUCCUGCUAUACGGACCCCCUGGUACUGGAAAAACAUUGACGGUGGAGUGUGUGGCGAACGACACAUGUCGGCCUCUUCUCGGGCUGACGGCACAAGAUGUUGGAUUGGCCUACGACGUAGAGGCGCAUCUUCGAAAAUGGUUUUACCUUGCUGCAAAAUGGGACGCCAUAUUGUUGAUCGAUGAGGCAGAUUUGUUUCUCGAGCAGCGUAAGGAGGGAGACCUCGGGCGCAACAGCUUGUCGACUGUCUUCCUGAGGACCAUGGAAUACUACAAGGGUGUACUUUUUUUGACAACAAACCGACCCGGCCACAUCGACGACUCGUUCAUCUCGAGAAUUACCUGUCCGAUCGCUUAUCACCGCCUAUCAGCCGAAACGAAAGAAAAGAUUGUGCGAAAGUUCGUCAAGCGCUUCGAAGAGACAGGCACUAUUGAGGUCGAGCCGGCAGCAGUGAAGUACCUGGUCGGAAACUGCCAAGACCUCAAUGGCCGACAGCUUCGCAACGUGCUGCAGAACGCUGUUGCUAGCGCUGAGGUCAAGUUACGCGCAGAGCGACGCUUUGCAGCGAAUCGUGGUCGUCCUCCCGGGGAAGCACAAGAUCAAAGCAUAGUUUCGGUGAAAAUGCACCACGUCAAGGCAGCUGUUGAACGGCAGGGAGAGUUUCGGGACUACUUGAGGAACCUCAGGGGAAGAGACGAGCCGGCCAGAGCGCGCAACAAGCAGGACUAUCUCCCUGCCCCUCCUGGCAGCCCAGCUUGAAGUAUGAGAUAUGGAGCGCAUAAUUUCACUCCGAUGUGGAAGAGGGGCUUGGAUUUCUUCGGAGAUUCACAGGAUGAUCUGGAAUCACGAAGGUUUUCUGAAGGUUUUCUGAAGGAUCCUUUAGACUAAUUUGAUUUGGGGGAACGUGUACCUUGACUAGACAUGGACUCAGCCUAAGAACGGUUCUGGAUAUCAGGCAUUCCAACAGUGCAGGGAAUAAAUGUACGGAAAACAUUGAUACUUAGUGGUCUCUGUCCAUUGGACGCCACAUUGCACAGCCACACCUCCCAAAAG